AUGAGAAAAGGCCAGGGCUUUCUUGAAUUUGACAUCUUCCCACUGACCCAAGAAACCCGUGGUAAUCUGGCUGAGUGGUUAGCGCGUCAAGCUCACAUGCUGCACUGUCAAGGAGUAAUAGGAACAAGUCAAGGCGAAUUCAACUCCAUCCGUCUGGGUCUCCGAAACAACCGGACAAACACAUCGCGCCAGAAUGAUGCAAUCAGUUGUCGACUCGGCCGAAGCUGGGAUUCACCUCUAGUCUCUCGAUUACAUAUGAAGCCAGAUAGCACUGGAGAUAGGCACAGGCAUGCAUACUCCUUUUCGAGGGAGCGUGCCAACGUACCCAUGAGAAGGUGGGCAGAUGCGCAGUUUUGGCGUGAAACCAGUGAAAGAGGGAGAAAGAAGUCAAUCUCACGACGCCCGGAAGGCAGACACGCACGUGCGAGAGGAGGGCGCGGACAAAGCCUGAUGUCCGGUCAGGCCGGGCCUGGAGUCGAGACCCGCCCCGAGCCAACCGGACCCGCUUGUCCAGACCCGGGUUGGGGCAUGGGCGUACGGUCUGAAAAGAUGUCAAUUAUGCGUGCGAGGGCUCUACUCGAGGCUGGAGAGGCAGUCGUGUGCACCGUUCGCCUGCCCAGUAGUGGAUGGGGCAAAUGUGACAAAAACAGUUUGCCAUCGCAUUCGUCGGCCGGCAUUGAAAGAGCCUGA